GCCCCCGCCACCAUCUGCUCAGGAUUUGCUAUCCCGAGACUCCUAGCUCGGGGGCUCGGGGCUCCGGAGGCAGCCGAUCAGCUCUGCUCAGGGCUCUGGAGCUGCCCAAGGAUCCGACACCCUUCCAACCUGCUGCGCCUCCCGCAGCGGCUCCCUGCGUUCCCGCGUCCCAGCCCCGGGCCGGGCGCUGAUGGAAUCGCGGCGAUGUUCACUCUGGCCAGGUUGCUGGAUUUCCAGAAAACAAAAUACGCAAGGUUUAUGAAUGACCGAGUCCCAGCUCACAAGAGGUACCAGCCCACAGAGUAUGAACACGCAGCCAACUGUGCCACCCAUGCUUUCUGGAUCAUCCCCAGUAUCCUUGGCAGCUCCAACCUCUACUUCCUGUCUGACGAUGAUUGGGAGACCAUAUCUGCCUGGAUCUACGGCCUUGGCCUCUGUGGCCUCUUUGUGGUAUCCACCAUUUUCCACACAGUCUCCUGGAAGAAGAGCCAUCUCAGGAUGGUCGAACACUGCCUGCACAUGAUCGACCGCAUGGUCAUUUACUUCUUCAUCGCGGCCUCCUAUGCUCCUUGGCUGAACCUUCGGGAGCUGGGCCCCUGGGCCUCCCACAUGCGCUGGCUGGUCUGGGUCAUGGCCUCCGUUGGUACUAUCUAUGUCUUUUUCUUCCAUGAACGGUCACAUGACUCCCAUUACCUGUUGAUGUUGCUGGGCAGCAUACAAGCCAAAGAGUUCCACACAGAGAGAGUCUCUUCUCAUUGUGCUGGUCUUCAACAUCAGGAAGUUGUGUGCUCUGUCCCUCCUUGGAAGCUUGUCCUGAGGCCACAUGAUCUGUCUCCCCAGGUACAAACUUGUGGAGCUGCUCUGCUAUGUGGUGAUGGGCUUUUUCCCCGCCCUGGUCAUCCUCUCUAUGCCCAACACCGAGGGCAUCUGGGAGCUGAUGACAGGAGGGGUCUUCUACUGCUUGGGCAUGGUGUUCUUCAAGAGCGAUGGGAGGAUUCCCUUUGCCCAUGCCAUCUGGCACCUCUUUGUGGCAUUUGGUGCUGGUACCCACUACUAUGCCAUCUGGAGGUACCUCUACCUGCCCAGCACCCUGCAGACCAAGGUGUCUAAAUGAGGUGACCCAGACUCCAUGGGUCAUUUAGACUUUGGGAUCAAAACAUCAUGGGAAGUGAACUGUGAAGUCUAACCCAGAGCAUAGUGCCAAGGUCUGCCUGCCUUUUCCUGGAUGGAAUUCUUUAAGGGUCUAAGGUCCCUUUCAGUGACAGCCAGACCACCUUUUGAGUCUCCAGCAAGGAAGAAAACAUUUAGUCAUCUCUGUGGAGAAGAAAUUAAUUCAGUACUGUAUUUCUACUUUAGACAAAUGACUUUUUUUUUUACUAUAACCAAUAUUAACAUCCUCAGAAAAGGGCAAAAUAGGGAACGAUCAUCCAAGAGGUAAUUUUUAAGGUCCUGAGAACUUCCCUUUCUGGUUCUGGCGAAAGUCACCUAGCAUUGUAGAUGACAGAUGGGGACUACCCCUGAUCAUUGUGGACACCACCAAUCAAUUGCAGCAUUAGUAGAAUUCAACAUAGUGCCACAUGCAGACAUUACUAAUUGAUUCUGUGCUCAUCACGGAACUUCUUGGCUGCCCUGAUAUGUUAAGAGACAAGAUCACAGCUGAGCCAUUAGAAGUCACUGUAUGGAGGAGCAUGCUUAUCUCCAGACACCAUUACCUUCUAUUCCGUCCUGUCCGCCUUCAAGGAAGUUCUUAGUGUGGGAUGUUUGGAGCCAGUGUGGGGAAACCAAGGCAUACAUUCCAAGCAGCGCUUACCCUCUGCUCCACCAUGGCUGGUCCAUGGUUUUUGAGGAGCUGAGAGCUGGGAUGAGGGUGCUGCUACUUGGCCAUUUCUUCUCAUCUCACAGAAUCCAGAGAAACUAGGAAGCUGCAUUCACCAGUUUUUUCUUGGUAUCCUAAGAUGGCUCUCUGAGGUCUCUCUGAUGGGCCCAGCGUAGGGUCUUCAUCUGUCAGAAUGUAUGGAAUGUCUGCAUUUUACAUCCCCAACCUCUGAAGUGACACGUCAGCUAAGAACAUGGCUGUCAGGGGCUGUCCUCAGCCACCUCCACUUCUGGGCUAGCCUCGUCCUAAGACGCCACCUGGACACUGGAUGAAUGUUGGAGCUGCAGGCCUGCUCCUGACUGGAACUGACACCUCAGACCCUCUGGAAGAAGCUACUGGAAAUCCAAGGUCUUAUUCAAUGACUGCCAGCCAGAUGAGUGUGGGCGAGGGUGGGUCAAGACAGGGUGCCUUAUACUUUGUUCUAGCACAUUCCAAGGUAUUUCAGGGCUUCAGCACCUGGAAUCCCAUAUGUCAAAACCAGUAUUAAAUCAAGUUUAUGCAUUCCUCA